CUCGCGCUCCAGCAGCACACGCGCGUGAGGAUCUGACUGACAUCGUUCCGCUCUGACUGAAAAUACCAAAGGAAUUCGACUGCUGCUCCCGAAAUUUCGUUUUCAUGACUUAAAUUUUAAGUUUGUAAAGUUUAAGUGCGUCAUUCGCUUAUAAACGUAUGUUUUAGUAUAUUUUCUACAGAAAUAACGGUCAUUUGUUAUCUGAGGAGAACUGCCGGUGUCCUGACGCACAAACGGACACGCGCGGGCUUAUCAGGAGGUGUCAAGUCCGAGUGUCGUUUAUUCUUAGUUGGAUUUCGCACUUGCUCGAACAGUUUUCGAUAAUAUUAUGGUGGCCAACUGAAACAUGUGAAGCUGUCAUAUUCCAGGAAUGGAUCUCCAAAGAUGUCCCAUAACUACAGGUUUCAUAUUAAGCUGUGGACUCUAUCUUCAUAAGCCUUUUCCCGGUGAAUAAACACUGCCAAAAUGGACACAUGGACGUUUAUGCCCAAUUCUAACCUGUCCCUCCCUGACCGCUUGGUGAACAAUAGUUUCUUCCCAGGGAACGAGUCUGACUUUGGUCUGGAGAUUUACCCUCACAAUACCACUAACCAUGGCUUCGACCAAACAAGUUCAGUAGUCAUCACAUUUGUGUACUUUGUAGUCUGUGCGGUGGGACUCUGUGGGAACACGCUGGUCAUUUAUGUCAUCCUGCGCUACGCCAAGAUGAAGACCGUCACCAACAUCUACAUUUUGAACCUGGCAGUGGCGGAUGUCCUGUGCAUGCUGAGUCUGCCCUUCAUUGCCAUUCAGCUCUUGCUGCUCCACUGGCCCUUUGGAUCCGCGAUCUGCCGUGUUGUACUAACCGUGGACUCCAUGAACCAGUUCACCAGUAUCUUCUUUCUAACGGUCAUGAGCUUUGAUCGCUACCUGGCCGUGGUGCAUCCGAUCAAAUCCACCAAAUGGCGAAAGCCACGCAUGGCCAAAACCAUCAGUCUGGCCAUGUGGAGUGUCUCUCUGCUGGUCAACCUACCAAUUAUGAUCUACAGCGGCGUGAACGCCAAAAGGAACGAGGCUCGGACGUGUACCAUGUUGUGGCCAGAGCCCCAGAACACCUACUACACCGCUUUCAUCUUCUACACCUUUUUCUUGGGCUUUUUCUUGCCGCUGAUUGUCAUCUCCAUGUGCUACCUGCUCAUCGUCAUAAAGGUGAAAUCCUCUGGCAUGCGGGUGGGCUCCACCAAAAGAAAGCGCUCAGAGCGGAAAGUCACCCGCAUGGUGUCUAUCGUGGUGGUGGUGUUCGUGCUGUGCUGGUUACCUUUUUACGUAUUCAACGUGACCUCUGUGACCGGAACCGUGCCCACCACACCUGUGCUGAAGAGCACGUUUGACUUCGUGGUGGUGCUGGGUUAUGCCAACAGCUGCGCCAACCCCAUCCUCUACGCCUUCUUGUCGGACAACUUCAAGAAGAGUUUCCAAAACGUCUUGUGUCUGAAAAGAGUCGGUGGCUUGGAUGAGAUCGACCGCAGCGACAGCCGUCAGGACAGGACUCGAAUGGUCAACGACGUCAUGACAGAAACGCAAAACGCCGCACUGCUCAAUGGAAACCUUCAGACCAGCAUCUGAAACAGCUGUUACAUGAAAUCUUAAUUUUAAGACUGCCUGUCAGAAACUACAUCUAGGUGUGCUAGGAAAGAUUUAGUAUUUAAGAUCAACAUUAAGUAUCAAAGUUUAUCUGGCCAUUUUUAGGACAUCCGCAUGUCUUAAAGUGGUCCAUUUGGGUGAGAUCCUUUUGGAGAGCUUGAUCUGAUUGAUCUCAUGUAUUUAAGCGAUGAAUGUCAUUUACUGUAAAUAACUCUAGUUGCUUUGUUUGGUGUUGCUCUCUGAAUUAUGAAGUUAUUGUGUUUGUUAUGUGUGUAUGUUCACUUCAGUGCCAAAAUUGUCUUUAAAGUUAAGAGACAAGUCUACCGCCAAUUCAAGAUCAUGGCCCUCAUUAGAUAAACAUCAUUUCACUCUCUCACACCUUUUGUGGAAAGACAAGGCCAAAUAGGACAAGCUUGUUAGAGGCUUCUUAUUAUUCAAGGCUUUUUGUUAUGAUGAAUGCAAGAUGAGUGAGUGAUGUUGUUAUCCAGACUGAAUAUAAAAAGGUCUCCAAAAUCUAACAAAAGUUGUACAUUUCUGUGGCCUAUUUAUUUGUUGUUUAUUUAGUGAAUUAUGCUUAUGGUAAUAUCUUACCAAAACCUGAUGGUUGCCAUCUUGUUUACAUUUACAAAAUCUUCCCUCAUCACAUUUCGCCUCUGGUUCCCAGUAGAGUUUUAUUUUGGUAGUGGAAAUGUACAUAAUGUUCAGUGGAGAGGGGGAGGAGAAGGAUGAGCACUGUUACAAAACUUAGUAAGCUGCCUACCUAAUCAACAAUUUCAGGCAUCGUAUAUGCUGCUCCAAAAGGUGUAGGCAGCAACAUUAUGUUGCCUUUUAAGAUACCUCCUUUUGGCAGCAUUUAUAGAGCAUCAUAUGUAUCCAUCAUGAAAAAGGCACAAAAAAAGCAUCCAACAUAGUUAAGUCUUAAUUAAAAUCAACUAGUUAUGCAUACUUUUGGCCCUGUUUACACUUGGUAUUAAGAUACGUAUUGGUCAAUCAGAUGGUGGACGACGCUAAAUACAGGUGUAAAUGGAGUGUAAAACGUUUUGAGCUUGUCUACUUUCGACCACUUCCAGAGGUAGUCGGAAACACAUUCAGCCGGGUUGCCUCCGUAGUGUACGACUCAUGUGGUCGAAUGCGAUCGAACAGCGCAACAGACCGCCUACUCUUCGCCUACUGAACUAUGAGAAGCGCGCUAGACAGAGUGUAUUUAAACUUUGUCGGCUGAAGACCCAAGUUUGGUUUAAAGAUGAAAAACGUACCAAGCACAAUGUUUUCUCACCAUUCCUGAUUUCUAACACACACACAGACCUUCGUGCGCCUUCAUAUGUAAAUAGCGCGAGCUUAUUUUGUCCAUUAGAUAGAUAGAGAAAGACGAUUUACUCUGAUAGUUAUGAAUGGGAGAAACUUCAACGCUCAAUAUGGCGGAAUAAGUUCCGCCUUCUAAGUAAAAGAGCCAGUCGCUGAUUGAUCAAGUCAUUGCAUCACUGCAGCUGCUCUUAGAAACUCCGGUUCCCAUAAAAAACCUGAGACUCACGCUUAGGACUGCACAUGCAAAAAUAAGAAAAAUAAGCUUUUUUAACACUAUUUAAGCAUAAGAAACAAAAUGUGGGAUAGUUAAUGUCAGAUUUUGUUGCUGAAAUAUGUUAUUUAAUUGUGAGUUUGCCAAGCAGUUUUGGAGAUUUCAGGAACCCCUCAUUCAAAUAGAUAGGAAUUGAAAUAGCUGCCCGGAGCCGUUGCAUAUAUGGCGGCCGAGUGAACAGACAUUCCUUGAAAGGGACUUUGAUUAGAUGAGGAGAGAAAAAAAAAAAAAAACAUACAUUUACCAGCCCAUAAAUCGUCUCCUAACAAAACACGAUGCGAUAAGAUUCCAGCAACAAUUUGUCUGUCCACACCAGACUCGACGCCACUAUGAGACGCGAUAAAGUCAAUCAAAAAUCACAGCCAAUCAGAAGAACGCGUGGGCGGGCUCACUCGGCAAGCUCCCGGCACUUGCAAUGAAGUACAUAAUUAAAUUUAUGAAUAUUACACCAUUUUAACAUAAUUAAAAAUACAUACUGAGUUACUGAAACUGAAUCUUUGUCAUAUAAUACACUUGUCUGUUCACAAUGAGUUGACAGUUUGAACGUUCUUGUUUCCUUUUAUUUAUUUCGAAGAUCUGCGGUAAAUUAUCCAUUGUUGCUUUCAGUAUGGCUAUAAAAGACACGCUAAAUUAUAUUCAAAGUCACAUUAGACGCUUUUAACAUUAAAUAAAGCACAUAAACAUUACCCAAGAUUAUCAUUCCCAUACUUUGUCGCGUUGUUCCAGCCGCGACGUCGAAGAAAAAUAGAAACCGUUUCGAAAAUAGAGUCAUCGCGUGUCGCCGUUGCGGCUUGCUAGGACAAAAACUCUGAUUAGCAUGUAAAAGAUACCUUUUUAUCGCGUGUCGCGGCGUCACGUCUGGUAAGGACACAGUGAUGGACCCUCCCCUCAAAGAAAUCAGGACAGAAGUGGUUGAAAGUGGACAAAAGUGACGGAUUAAAACACCAGGUGUAAACUGGUAUGUGCCUCCCUCGUCCACUUGUGAUCCGAUCGUCCUUAAUACCAGGUGUAAACAGAGCCUUUAUGUGUUGUGUUUUUAUGCUUAGAAUAUUGUUGCCAAAUUGUGAGUUAUGGCUUUAGACGCUCACUAGGUUUUGAAAAAGCUAGAGCUUUUGUAAUUAUCUGACCUGGAGAAAGUUUAUUUAGAGCUGUUUCUAAUUAAUUGAUUAGUAUGAAGUAACCAAAUGGCCAUUGGUUGUACUAAACUAACAUUAAUCAGCUGGCAAAUGAGAUGCAAAUCAAUCCUUCUCAUUCCAGCUGUUAUACAAACAACCUUUUGGUCAGGCAAACCAAUGAGGGUCAAGGGGGCAGUGAGACAGGCAAUGAUGACGGAGUUCAUUCAACAGUACAUUAUUCAUUAAAGUAUUCAAACAAGUGCACAGUUGUGCAAUUCUUCUUGCUAAUGUUGAAUAUACCUCAUUAUAAAACAUAAGAUGUUCAGCCUUUAUCCAUCAUUGUGAUGAAUGCACCCCGUCACACUAAUGUGGAAGCAUCAACACGGACUGUUCAAUAGUGACGAUGAAUCACAUCAUAACAGCUGCUUUACAUUUGUAUCACUCGGAGGACAUGAAAAACAAUUAAUUAUAAAACGAAGCUGCAAGUGCCUUAAGUAAUCACUCAAAAAGAACAGAAUGAGAGAAGCGGAAACCGUGUGCAUUUCGUUCAUUCAUUCAUUCAGCUUUAACAAUAAACCCUCCACCUGAAUGUACAAUCAAUUCAUCUACUAUUAUACACUUGUAAAUAAAAGACUAAUUUUAAACCUCUGUCGCUCAAAGAGCUGUAUAAUGUGUAUAUAUUGAGCUGGCAUCGACAGAACGUAUUCAGCUCUUGCCCAUUUGAGGGGUUUAGAACAUUUUAACAUUUGCGAAGGGCUAAAACAGUUCAGACUGAACUUAGUCUGUCCGACUUCUGAAUCCGAUCUGCAAGUGCAUGACGCAAGGUGAAUGAGUGCAUGUUUGGAAGAGUACACAGUAUUUUCUAGGAUCAUAAACAAACAUUUUGAAACCUGAGGAAGUAUUGAUGACAGCAAAGAGGUUAUCGCAGUAUUCGUCCAGUACUUUGAGUUCAGUUCAAUGUGCCUUUGACUGUCAGGCAGCGUAGGAAGUGUGUUAGUGCGUAGUGCUUUAGUGUUUUAUCUUAUGUCAAGUUGUCUGUAGUUCUCAGUCUGGUGGUGUGGGUACAAUAGCAUUCCCUUUAUAUUAAUAACACAUUUCAAAGAUGUCCGUCAUUCUUCGUCAUACCAUACAGCUGUGUAAUCAAGCCUUGAAGAAUGACUCACCUCUCAUAUUCUUGAAUAGUUGCUUAAAAUGAAGGUUGUGUUUUGUAUGCUGCUUUUCUCUUGGCGUGUAUGUGUGUGUCCGGGAUCAUUUUAAGGACACAGCUCAACGUCAGGCUGUGUCUGUCAUUCCCCUGGUUGCUAAUCUGCCACAGCUCAAUUUUUGCCCAGUUAUUUAUUUUAUAUAUCCAAUUUAUUACAAUCCACCCAAGCGGAAUAAUCCUCAGGUCUAAUUAAAUGAUUCUUCAAACACUAUUGUUGUCAGGUCAUUUGUGGAGAAAGCACGAUUGUGUUUUAAUUAAAUUUUACAGAGGCACAGCAGGCUUUCUUUAAGUAGAGAACAUUUUUUUAAAUAUUUAACAGUCUUGUUUAUUAACAUUAGUUAAUGUAUAAACAUAAACUAACAAUGAGCAGUAUGUUUAUUAAUAUUGGUUAGUUAAUAGAAAUAGAAUGAUAUAUUGUUUGUUUGUGUUAGUUUCACGGUGCAUAAACUAAUGUUAAGUUGACAUUAACUAAGAUUACUAAAGGCUGUAGAACUAUUGUUCAUCGUUAAUUAACCAAUGUUAACAAAUGAAACCAUAAUGUGAUGUCUUACCUUUUAAAACUUCAUCCAAAAUGCAAAAUAAUGCACAUUACCAACCUGUAAUAUUAUGUUAUUUGUGAGGUGCAAAUAAGUCAUAUUAUAAUUAAUAACAUAAAGUUUUAUGUAAGCAUUUGUGUUUAAAUGUGUCUGGAAAUGAUAAUUUAAAAGAAUCCCCAUAUACCAGUGAACAAACAUAUUACAGAGAAAUCAAUCUUAUGUUUAAUCUUGUGCAUUCUGAGUCAAAUUCACCCUUUAACAAAACUGACUAAAUACUGUAAUGACACAUGAGAACAUCCUGAUGUAUAAAGAUGUAUGACGAAACAAGCUUCUUCUUCUUCCCCUUUUUUCCCUCCUUUUUUCUUUUUUGCAAAAUGUCUCCCUCUGUUGUCCAGUUUGGGGUUUGAUUUAUAUUUUAAAAGCUGAGGACUUGUGUUGGGUGGCUUUAUAUCUUUUGGCUUGUAUAUGGAUUAAGCAUCAUGUUCAUGACCUGUAAUUAUUGACAAUUGUGGAGAAAUGUGUGAUCAAGUAUCCGCCAACCUUUUUGUGUUGUUAUUGACAAGUGCAUUACAUUCAUUUACCAAACAAAUAAAGACUAAUGUGUCAACACUG